UGAGUCCAUCGCUUGUUUCUGUGGGAAAUUCUAAACUCGCUUUUAAUUCACUUUUGAAAAAGAAGAUCGUUAGAAUGGUAUUUUUUGGUUCUUGAAAAUAUUCUCGAAUUACAAGACAACAUUCUUCGUUCCAAUGAUAGUCGGAUAGAGAAGUUCAAAAAAGUUUCGGUGGAACGACAUCAGAACUUUCACUGACCAACGUAUUCAAAUCCUCAUCAGUAAAUACGGGCUUUUCCGGUUCAAGAGGUUCCUUAUCUUCUGACUCGGGAGUUUCUAGAUCACAACAAAAUUAAUUUUAAAGAUUACAACUAUUAAGAUGAAACAACAAACAUUCGUUGGACCUAUAAUUCAUACAAAUAAAAAUGAAGAUUUAAUUAUACUCGAGGAAGCUGCAGUAAUUGUUCAAGAUGGAAUUAUUAUUAGCAUUCUUCCAAAUCCAAAAGUCGAAGAUUUAACGAUUGAACCAAUUAUACGCUUGAGUCAAGGACAAUUUUUAAUUCCUGGUUUCGUCGAUUGUCAUUUUCAUGCAGUUCAAUUACCAAAUAUUGGUUUGGGCUACGAUUCACCGCUACUAGAAUGGCUGGAAAAAUAUACAUUUCCGUUGGAGAGAAAAUUUUCCAAUGAUGAAUUUACUGAUCGAGUAAUGGACGCAGUUGUGAAACGAACUCUCGCUAUGGGAACAACAACAAUUUGUUAUUUUGCUUCUCUUUAUAAAGAAGCUUCUUUAAUUCUUGCACAAAAAGCUGUAAAAUAUGGUCAACGGGCAUUUAUUGGAAAAUUAAAUAUGAAUUUACCAAGAAAUGAUGGCUAUUACGAAUCAACUGAAGAUUCUAUCAGCGAUACUAUUAAAUUUAUUUCGGACGUGGAAAAAUUGAAAAAUCCGCUCGUGAAACCAAUAUUAACUCCUAGAUUUGCAUUGAGUUGUGAUAUGAAUCUCAUGAAAAAAUUAGGAAAAUUAGCUAUCGAAAUGGAUCUUCCUGUACAGACACAUAUUUCUGAAAACGCAGACGAAGUAAAAGCAGUCAGUCAAGUUUUUAAUGAAUAUUUAUCGUAUGCAAAAGUUUACGAUGCUGCCGGUCUUCUCACAAGCAAGACAAUUUUAGCCCAUGGAGUUUAUUUAACAGACAAUGAGCUCAAUAUUAUAAAAGAACGGGAGUCUUCCGUUAUUCAUUGUCCUUCAUCGAAUGCUUGUUUAAAAAGUGGCAUUUGUGAUGUUCGGAGAUUAAAAUCAAAGGGUAUUAAAAUUGGACUCGGCACAGAUGUUGGCGGAGGACAGAGUCCAUCGAUAUUAGAUUCAAUGAAAGCUGCACUCACAGCAACAAAUAAUCUCUCAUUUAUAAAAACAAAUUAUCAUUCUCUUGAUUACAAGGACGUGUUUUAUUUAGCUACACUUGGCGGUGCAACUUGCCUUCAAUUGGAUGAUAAAAUUGGAAAUUUCGAAGCUGGAAAACAAUUCGAUGCUCUUUUAAUCGAUCUAAACAGUGCAGAUAGUCCUUUAGAUAAUUUAAUUAAUUGUACACUACUUGAAAAACUCCAGCGAUUUAUUUACUCUGGCGAUGAUCGAAAUAUAGUCCAAGUAUAUGUCAACGGUCGUCGAGUAAAAUAAAAUCAAGAAAAUGCUGCGAUUUUUAA